UAUUCCAUCCAUAUCACAAUUCCAUUCAUUUAAUAUCCCUUUGGUGUCAUUGACAUAAGAGAUGUCGUUUCUAGUCUAUAUCUUUCUAUUUCUAUAUAUGGAAAGUUAAAAAAUCAUCAUAUAAUAAUCCAGAAAAGAAAUCGAAAUAGAAAAGAAAAAAGGGAGGUUUGUGAUGAUUUUGAAAUCUUUUCUACUAGGUAAUCCAGUAUCCUUAUGCAUGAAGAUAAUAAAUUCGGUCGUUAUGGUCGGACUCUAUUAUGGAUUUCUGACCACAUUCUCCAUAGGGCCCUCUUAUCUCUUCCUUCUGCGAGCUCGGGUUAUGGAAGAAGGAGAAGAAGGAACCGAGAAGAAGGUAUCCGCAACAACGGGUUUUAUUGCGGGACAGCUCAUGAUGUUCAUAUCGAUCUAUUAUGCGCCUCUGCAUCUAGCAUUGGGUAGACCUCAUACAAUAACUGUCCUAGCUCUACCGUAUCUUUUGUUUCAUUUCUUCUGGAACAAUCACAAACACUUUUUUGAUUAUGGAUCUACUACCAGAAAUUCAAUGCGUAAUCUUAGCAUUCAAUGUGUAUUCCUGAAUAAUCUCAUUUUUCAAUUAUUCAACCAUUUCAUUUUACCAAGUUCAAUGUUAGCCAGAUUAGUCAACAUUUAUAUGUUUCGAUGCAACAACAAGAUGUUAUUUGUAACAAGUAGUUUUGUUGGUUGGUUAAUUGGUCACAUUUUUUUCAUGAAAUGGGUUGAAUUGGUAUUAGUCUGGAUACAGCAAAAUAAUUCUAUUCGAUCGAAUGUACUUAUUCGAUCGAAUAAGUACCUUGUGUCAGAAUUGAGAAAUUCUAUGGCUCGAAUCUUUAGUAUUCUCUUAUUUAUUACCUGUGUUUACUAUUUAGGCAGAAUACCGUCACCCAUUGUUACUAAAAAAUUCAAAUUAAAAAAGAUACAAAAAGGAAUAAAUUAAUAAAAAGAUUAAUACAAAGAAUAAAUACAAUAAGAGAUAAGAAGAGAUGCGACCGCCCCCUAUAUAUUUAAUACCUUCUCCGAAAAAGAAACUUGUAAGACCAAAACCAUUCGUAAUUCCAUCAAUUACUCGUCUAUCAAAAAAAUGAAUUAGUUCAGCUAGUCCUCUUAUACCCUGAGUUAAGGAUAUUGUAUAAAAAGCAUCUAUGUAACCACGAUUAUAUGACCAAUCAUAUAUCACAUUUAUUAUUUUGUCCCCCAAAAUUCUAUUAGGACCUCUUUUAGAAAACGAAUUUAGUAAGUUCAAAUUUUGUAAAGAUGAAUAAAUAGGCUUAUAUAAAAAAGAUGCUAUAAAUAUUCCGAAAAAAGCUAUACCGACAGAAAAACUUGCAUUUGUCACAAAUUCAUACCAAUCCACAGAAUUAUUUGAAUUCUGAUGUAAAAGGUUUAUAGAUGGAUUUAACAAUUUGGAUAAUAUAUCCAAAUGAAUUCCUUCUUGAUUAAAAGGAAAGGGAAUUCCUACGACUCCAACAAACAAAGUAAAUAGCACUAAUAUAACCAUGGAAAAUAGCAUAGUAUUGUCCGAUUCAUGAGGAUAAGAGAAAGUAUUUUUAGUGCCAAAAUGAGUAAUAGUAAUAAAAGGGCGCAUCCUGUUUUUUCCAUUACCACCAAUUUGAUAUGUCUUAUUCGAAAAAAAAGAAGCCCUUUCAUUAUUAUUCAUUGUUAAUAAACUUAGAAAAUUGUUUUUAAUCGUUUUUGGUACUUCUUUUCCCCAUAGAGAUAUUGAAUAGUAGGAACGACUUUUUUGACCACUAUAAUUUUGAAAAUGAACAUUGAAAUGUCCCUCAAAAGUAAGUAAAUAGAUCCGAAACAUAUAAAAUGCGGUUAAUCCUGCUGUAGAACAAGCUAUUAUUGCGAAAAUAGGUGAAUACAACCAACUAGCAUUAAGAAUUUCAUCUUUGGACCAAAAACAAGCAAGGGGGGGAAUACCACAAAGAGAAAGUGUACCUACUAAAAAAGCAUUUUUUGUAAUUGGUACAUGCUUUUUUAAACCUCCCAUAAGAACCAUAUUCUGACUUUUAUCUGGAGAAUAUCCAACAAUAGCUUCCAUUGAAUGAAUAAUAGAUCCGGAUCCUAAAAACAACAAUGCUUUCGAAUAAGCAUGAGUAAUCAAAUGAAAUAAAGCGGCUCGAUAAGACCCCAUACCUAGAGCUAACAUCAUAUAACCCAAUUGAGACAUUGUAGAAUAAGCUAAACCUCUUUUAAUAUCUUUUUGAGCAAGAGCUAAAGUAGCUCCUAAUAAUACUGUUAUUAUACCUAUUAAAGAUAUGAAAUUCAUUAUGUAAGGUAUGAUUAUAAAAAGAGGAAGAAGUCGAGCUACAAGAAAAAUGCCCGCUGCUACCAUAGUAGCGGCAUGUAUAAGAGCCGAAAUAGGAGUAGGGCCUUCCAUGGCAUCAGGUAACCAUACAUGAAAGGGGAAUUGUGCCGAUUUAGCAACUGCACCGGCAAAUAAAAGAAAGGCACACAAAGUAAGAAAUAAAAAAGGAACCUCAUUAUUAGAAAUCAAGUUAUUGAAUAUUUGGAACAAAUCCCGAAAUUCAAAACUACCGGUUAUCCAAUAAAGACCUAAAAUUCCUAAUAAUAAACCAAAAUCGCCUACACGAUUCGUUACAAACGCUUUUUGGCAAGCAGUCGCCGCACUAGGUCGUGUGAACCAAAAACCUAUUAAUAGAUAAGAACACAUUCCAACUAAUUCCCAAAAAAUAUAAAUUUGGAUCAAAUUCGAACUAGUAACUAAUCCCAACAUGGAAGUAUUGAAAAAACUCAUAGAAGCAAAAAAUCGCAAAUAUCCUUGAUCAUGAGACAUAUAAUUGUCACUAUAAAAAAGAACCAAAAUUCCAACAGUAGUAAUUAAUAUUAACAUAAUAAAAGUAAGUGGAUCGAUUAAGUGACCGAACUCUAAAGAAAAAUCAUUAUUAAUGGUCCAAGACCAUACAUAUUGAUAGAUAAAACUUCUAUUUAUUUGCUGAAUAGAUAGAUAGACCGAAAGUAUCAUAACUAUACUUAACAAUAAAAUACUAGGAAAAGCCCACAUACGGCGAAGAUUUUUUGUUGCCGUUGGAAAAAGGAGAAGUCCCACUCCUAUUAACAUAGGAACUGGAAGUGGAAUGAAGGGGAUAAUCCAUGAAUAUUGAUAUGUAUAUUCCAUAAAAAAACCUUUUUAUUUUUAAUUAAUUCUUUCUAAUUCACCGGCUCUUAUAUCUUUUUAUAGGUUCAAUAAAAAAUCAAGAUAUGGAAAACUUAAAUAGACUUUUCUAUUCCUAAUUAUUCUGAAUCUUUCUUCUUUACCCAAUACUUCAAAUAUUCAAAUCAAGAAGUUCGAAUUGGUCAAAUGAUAUGAAUAUGAUCAAGUUACUAUUUAUAUUUAAAAUGAAAUAACACACUAAUUCAUUUUAUUAAUAUUGAAUAUUAAGUAAGAUUUUUAGGAAAAUGCAGAAAAAAUUCAAUUAUUAUUACGUAUUACGAUAAUUUAUAUCCAUAGAGCAAAUAAUUAUACCAAAAUAGAGUAGUUAAUACAUUACUUUAUUUUGAUAGAAAUAAUAGGAUGAUCCAUAUCAAAACUGGCCCCCCAAAAAAAGAACUAGUUCUUUUUUUUUUUAGUUCGUUUAUUCAUAAUCAUUAACUAAUUCAUGGUAGAACUGAUUAUUUUCCAUUCGAAUAAAAGACAUUUCUUUUUCUUUGUAGAAAACGCUAGAAUAUCCCACACUUUUGUUUCAAUACCAGGGAGAAGAAAUAGACUUAAAAGAAAAGACGAAAUUACUAAGAUGACUUUUAGAAAAUCAUGUAUCCUUUGAUUAACUACUAGUUUAAUUCGAAUUUGAAAAUCAAAAAAAUGUGUACUCGCUCUUUUCUUUUUCUUUUGAGCUUGACCAACUAAUAAAAAACUACAGUAAUUUAAAGAAUUUGGAAUUUGUUAGGUAAGGAUUGGUUUUUUUGAACUUUUUGGUGUAUUUUGUUACAUGUAUAAAUAGAGCAUGACGAAAAUAGACAGAGAUAUAAAAAAAAAGAAAAAAUGGAAUUGUUUGACCAAUAGAUGUCUUUCACAUUCAACUAGAGAAAUGAAUAACUUUUUCAAAUUUUUCAUGGCAGUUCCAAAAAAACGUACUUCUAUCUCAAAAAAACGUAUUCGUAAAAACAUUUGGAAAAGGAAGGUAUAUUGGACAGCGUUGAAAGCUUUUUCCUUAGCGAAGUCUCUUUCUACCGGGAAUUCAAAAAGCUUUUUUGUGCGACAAUUAAAUAGUCAAACACUCGAUUAAAUAAUCUUAAUCUGAAAAUGGUACUUUUUUUUUUUUUAAAAAAGAUACAAGGUUUCACUUUUUUUUGAAUAUGUUUUAUCCGGUGGGGAUUCUUAUUUUCCUCAUCGGUACACUUAUCUGUCAUAUCAUAAUAAAUAAUUAAAUUACAAAAAAAGUUUUUUGUUAGACAAGAUGUUCAGUUCAGGCCAAUAUCGAAUUAGUUUUCGAAAUCCUAAAUAAAAUUCUUUACAGGACGAAAAACCAACCUAAGGGUUAAUACAAAGUUCUACAAAUUACAAAUAGUUAAAUAAAAAAAUUGGGAAUGUCACACUGUACUGUGAUCCAUAAAAAGACUUUUUUUGUUCAUUGAUAAAAAAAAGUGAAUCUAAGAUUCAUAAAAUCAGAUAAAUGAUAAAUGAAUUUUAAAAUUCAAAAAUGAAAAAUAACUUUUUUUUUGAGUUCUAUCUUUAUCCUUGGAUUGAAGUCAUAACUAUUUAGUUACAAGAUCUCAAUUUUAGGCGAGCAUAAACGACGAAAACGUCUCUGUUAAAUAAAAAACGGACACCUUCCAUUUUAAUUCAAAAAUGAAAUAAAAUGAUAAUAAAGAUUUUUAUGGGGAACGCUUCAAUCCAUAUUGAAACGAAAUGAGUUCUUUCU